GCGCAGCGCCGCGGGUUCGUUCCGCGCAUGCGCCGGCGGGGCGGGGUGGGGUCACGAACUCUGACCUCCCGGAGCUGCCGCCGCCGCCAAAUAAACCCGCAGAAGCUGCUGGUGUUACCGCCGGGGCCCAGGGGUCUUCAGAGAGUGAUUAUGCAUCCCUGAUGUGAAGUUAUAACGUAUGUACCAUAGGAAAUUCUGGUGAUUAAAGAUCAUGGCAACCAUAGAGGAACUGGCCCAUCAAAUUAUUGAACAGCAAAUGGGAGAGAUUACGCAUUCCCAAGGAGGUGCUACACAAACACUAAUGGAUGGAACAGCACAAAGAAUUCAGAUUGUCCCAGGCGAUUCAGGACUGUCUUUACCACAACGCAUACAGAUUGUCACAGAUCAGCAGACGGGCCAGAAGAUACAGAUUGUUACAGCACUUGAUCACAGCACAACAGGCAAGCAGUUCAUCUUAACAAAUCAUGAUGGCUCUACCCCAAGCAAGGUAAUCCUUGCCAGACAAGAAUCUACUCCUGGAAAAGUUUUCCUAGCAACUCCAGAUGCUGCAGGUGUCAAUCAGCUGUUUUUUGCAUCCCCUGAUAUAUCUGCGCAACACAUCCAGAUUUUAACAGACAACUCUUCCGCAGAACAGACCCUAAAUAAAAUAUUUGAUCUCUGUGUUGUAUGUGGAGACAAGGCAUCAGGACGUCAUUAUGGAGCAGUAACAUGUGAGGGAUGCAAAGGAUUCUUUAAAAGAAGUAUACGAAAAAAUUUAGUUUAUUCGUGCCGAGGAACAAAAGACUGUGUUAUUAACAAACAUCACAGGAACAGAUGUCAGUACUGUAGGCUGCAACGGUGUAUUGCUUUUGGAAUGAAACAGGAUUCUGUUCAGUGUGAGAGGAAGCCUAUUGAAGUAUCACGAGAAAAAUCUUCAAAUUGUGCAGCUUCUACGGAAAAGAUCUACAUUCGGAAAGAUCUGCGUAGUCCAUUAGCUGCAACUCCAACUUUUGUAACAGACAAUGAAACAGCAAGGUCUACAGGCCUACUAGAGUCAGGAAUGUUUGUUAAUAUUCACCAGUCUGGAAUAAAAAAUGAGCCUACUGUGCUGAUGUCACCAGAUAAGGUUGAUGCAUGUCAAGGAGAUUUAAGCACGCUGGCAAAUGUGGUAACUUCAUUAGCAAAUCUCAGUAAAUCCAAAGACAUGUCUCAAAGUAGUACUGAGCUAUCUAUGAUUGAAAGUUUAAGCAAUGGAGAUACGUCAUUGUCUGAACUCCAGCAAGAAGAACAAGCAAGCAGUGAUGUCACAAGUGCACCAAAAGAGAGAGAGAGGAUACUGAAGACUAUAACAGUGUGUGAUUAUGUACUUCAAGACUCUGUGAUGAAUGCUUAUAAGAACCCAGACAUAAGGUUGCACAGGGCAUUUGAUACUCUUGCAAAAGCAUUAAACCCUGGAGAGAAUGCAGCAUGUCAAAAUUCAGAAAGUAUUGAAGCCAGUGUACAUUUGCUUGGUGGAGAAGCAAGCAUGAAUAUUGUUGAAAUAGAGGGGCCACUUCUCAGCGAUGCACAUGUAGCUUUCAGGCUCACCAUGCCUUCUCCUAUGCCUGAAUACCUGAAUGUUCAUUAUAUCUGUGAAUCAGCUUCCAGACUGCUCUUCUUGUCCAUGCACUGGGCACGUUCCAUUCCUUCCUUCCAAGCCCUAGGGCAAGAUAACAGCAUAUCGUUAGUAAAAGCCUGCUGGAAUGAACUUUUUACUCUUGGUCUUGCACAGUGUUCACAAGUGAUGAAUGUGGCAACUAUAUUAACUGCAUUUGUUAAUCACCUUCAUGGUAGUUUACAGCAAGAUAAGUUGUCGUCCGACAGAGGAAAGCUAGUGAUGGAGCAUAUCUUUAAACUGCAGGAGUUCUGUAACAGCAUGGUUAAGCUUUGCCUAGAUGGAUAUGAAUACGCUUAUCUGAAAGCAAUCGUCCUCUUCAGUCCUGAUCAUCCAGGUCUAGAAAACGUAAUACAGAUUGAGAAGUUUCAAGAAAAGGCUUACAUGGAGUUCCAGGACUAUGUAACAAAAGCAUAUCCAGAUGAUACUUACAGGCUGUCUAGACUUCUUCUCAGACUGCCUGCACUGAGAUUGAUGAGUGCGGCCAUCACAGAAGAACUGUUCUUUGCAGGAUUAAUUGGAAACGUUCAAAUUGACAGCAUCAUCCCAUAUAUUCUUAGAAUGGAGACAGCAGACUACAACUCUCAAAUAAUUGGUCAUGCUGUAUAAAAGUGGAAACCAAGGAUUUUAUACCGUGGCAGUCAUGGUAUAUGCAUACUCUGUCUCCAAGAGAUGGCAAGAAGCCUUCCCAUGCAACUUUAAAAGAAGGCUAAAAUUUUUCCUUUUCAGCCCACUUGGGAAAUGCAGUGGAGUGUCUUAAGGAAUGUAGGACGGCUUCCUUUAUGCAUCUGGUUUUCAAGGACAUGUAAAUUACUUAGCAUCUAAAGAAAAUCAAGAAUUGUUCAUCCUAUUUUUGUAGAUAGAGGAACCCAACAUAUUUGUUUAUGAAUCCCAAAACAGAAAACUCCAGCCCCCUGAAGAAGAAACACAAAGCCUUGACUGAACUAAAAUGUCACAACCUAGUCUGAUGUGUUAAGCUAAAUAAAUGAACUUUCUUGGAAUUGUGUUUUCAGUGUUUUGCUACUAGUCCAUUCUCACUGACUGAAUGAAACAGGCUGGUCAGAAAUCUUGAAAAGGCCAAAGUAUUUCUGUUGAAAUGAAUCCUUUUUAAUAAAAUUCACUUUUUUAGCAACUUUGGGAAGAGCUGAAGUUCUUGGUGAAUGAAACAGUUGAUAUCAUUAAAAGUACAGGGAAAUCAUAGAAAACUCACUGCUUUUUUAAAUGUUCUGUGUAUACCUCGAUACAGUUGGUUAAAGUGCACAUCCGUUGCCAGCAAUGAGAUCCAUAUUGAUGACUACUGGUUUUCUGGAUAUCAGGGGGCUAAUACAUUUUAAUGUUGUAUAGUGGUGCGUAGCAGCUAGUUGUUUUAUACUGUGGAAAACUAAUGUAAGAAUAAACUCUUUCCCCAAGGUAGUUUAUGAUGUCAAUUUCCAGUUGUAUUUUUCUAACUGAAUACCUUCACUAUUGUUUGAGCGUAGAAUACGGACUGGCAGGCCAUCACAGUGCUAUUCAUCCUGAUCUGAAGCCUGGGUCCCAGAAAUGCAGGUUUUGGUCUCUUCACCGAUGUUUGCCUCUCCUAAGAUUUUGCAUAAAAUCCAUAGGCAGAUCCAGGAUUUCGAAAAGAGAAUCGCAACCAGUAUAGCAAGGGUGACUGCAUCUCCUACUUCCAGACCACCCCACAAGAGCAACAGUGAGGGACAUUUUUUAAGUCCCCAAAUUGUGUAUCUCAAUCGAUUCCCCCUUCCCUUUCAUGCUCAGCAGCACUUCACCUCCCCUUCCAUUCCCCCCACGCCACACUUAGGCCUGUGGCUGUGCGAAGGGGGGUGCCACCUGCUGCUACAGCUAUCCCAGCUGUUCCCGCCCUGCCUCAGCAAGGCUGCAGGAAAGCAGCUGCAUGGCGUCAGACGGGCAGUGGUGAGUGCAUUCCUGCUCCAUGCCCCAGCUGCCAGGCUGGCAGGAAACACCUGGGGGCCUCUGGAGGUCCCCCUCCCCCAACUCAGCUGGGAACAACCUCAGUGGGAGUAGGGAGAGGGGGAUGGGAAGGAAAGGGAAGUGACACUGAGCAUGGGAAGAGAGGGGUGCUGGAAGAGAGAAAGAUCCUUUUCUGCUUCAGGGACUUAAAGAAUCCCUGGCUGCUGCUCCUGCAGUGUGGCUUGAAAUGGGGAGGGGCGGGAGGUGCGAUGGCACCACAGUAUCCCCUCUAGAUCUACCUCUGCAUAAAUCAUUUCCAGUUCUUAGAAUACAGAUUCAUGCUUCUGAAAAGGAGCUUUCAGACAAUUGAUUUGUUUAGUAAGAUAGAUAAUCCUAAACUCUUAAAACAGAUCCAGGAAUAUAGGGAUUGUUUAAUUCUUACAUCAGUAUUGUUCACUUAUUUGCAGCUAUUUUAACUUCUAGAAAUCUGCAAGUUAAGAUUGGAGGUUAGGUUUUAAACCUACUGCUGCUCAGAUAAACGGACCACCUUCCAACUCAAGCCCUCUGCUUUUCUAAAAACCUGCUGACCAAAAAUGACCAGAUAAUCUCUUGUUACUGCCAGUCCAAUUUGUUUUCAGUUCCAUUCUAGUGAAUAGUUUUUCUGAGCCGCUCUGAUGUUGGAGAAAGACUAGCCAUUUUCAUUCUUGAAUUGUACUGUCCAAUAGCAUCACUGCACCGAUUACCAAAAAUUAAAACAUGGAAAGUUGCUGUUCCGUGAACACUUAGAGACAUUUUUCUUAAAGUCUAGCUGGAUAAGACUUUCCCCCACCCUUCUUCUCUCCCAGUACAUUAAUUUAUUUUCAGUGUUGAGUCUUCACAAAUCUGACUGGCUUGUAGCCAGUCUAGACUUACCAAACUCUAGUGUUUGAUUAGCCGAUAAAGAUGGCCCUUUUGUCAGUUGAGGGGUAGGAUUAUUUUCAACAGCUUUAUCAUUUUUGAUUUACAGAGCAAGAAAAAUGAUUUUUAGUAAAAAAAAAAAAAAAAAUUUGAAUGGAAAAAUUAAUAGUUUUAUACAUUUCAGAAUCCCAUCAAUUAAAGGUGGGAGCACUGUUCUAAAUAAUGAACUGAGUAGUUAAAAAAAACAAAACAAAACAUUUUUUUUUCUUAAAAAUGUAUAUUGGACAUAUCUACAUAUAACUAGUUAGUGUAUUUUUUACUGAGGGUAUUUACUCCUACAGCUUAUAGUUACAUUUUCAGCUAUUUCAGAAGAAUUUUAUUGCACUGUCAACUGCAACAACAAACCUGUCCUGUCACUACACUUGUUCUGUCUUUGAUCUUGAGUGUCAGUGGAAGUCAUUAGCUUGGUCAUUUUGUUCCAUUUCUACAACUUAACUGGUAGUUGAGUUUUAAUGUAAGCAUUGGAAUGUCACAGUAAUUGUCUUGUUGUUGUAUAAAAGCUACUGUAAAUGUCUUGAAACUUGUCUAAGAUUGUAAAUUCUAUUUUGGCUGUAUUUUUUAAAAUAAAUUGUAACUUUUUAUUAUAGACUACAUAA